UGACACACGUUUGGAAAGUUUGUUUAAAAAGGUGCGGCUCAACUCAAACUACUACUACUUUCUUUUCUUUUUCUUGUUUUUAAAGGAGUUUUUUUUUUUCUUUUUUCAAAUGAAGCAUAUAAGAGCUGAUGUUGGAGCGGUUUUAACAUCGUCUCCUUAUAACGGAAAGUGAUUUACGGAGAGGGAAUUGAUUUGCGUCCAGUGGAGGAGUGAACACAGGCACCAACACUGAAGCGAGGAUUCUCACCAGCAAACGGAUAUGAAAGCUCUGGGACACGAGGACAAUCGUUGCACGAGAGACACCGGGACAGUCAGUCAAUAAGUUGUCAAAGAGAAAACACGUCUGUGAGAAGAUGGUGAAGAAAAAACACACGCCACGACGUCCCAGUCACUCUCCCACUGGCAAGACCAGAACGUCCGUCUCCCGGAUUGCAGACAGCAAAGACCCGAGUCACCUGACUCCACUGGACGACCCAGCACACGCCCCCGCCGCCGCCCCCGCCGCCGCCCCACCAGAGCUCCAGACCUCCGGCCAAGGUCAACCAGGCUUCCUAGACAGAGUGUACCUGCUGGCAUCAGCCAUCUUCCAGAAUAACCACUUGCAGAAACCUGCAGCACAUCAGCUGGUGAAUUAUGGCAGAGACAGAGGAGUCCCACUGCCUGAAGUCAGGGAUGCGGAGAUGAAACGUGCAGCUUAUGAACUGGCCUUCAAUACGCUGAAAUAUCAAGAGCUCCUGGAGGACAUCAUGAUUGACAGCUACUUUUACCUCUCACAGUCAAUACCAGAUGAUGAGAUGGGCCUUGUUGCUAUUCUGCUGUAUGACCUCCAGGACAGGAAGUUCCUCCCAAGGGAACCUCACGAGGAGGAGGACAUCGUACAGGAAGUGAGAGAUGUUGAAAACUGUCUCCUCAGGUGUAAAACCCAGUUGGCUGCCUCUCUGGCUCGCUGCAGGAUUAAACACAAUCUCUUGUCGAUUGAGUGCAUCCUGCCGGAGAGUGUGAAGAUGAAGCAGGAGAGGUCGAGCGGCCUUCCGCUGUAUGCGUGGAUCAACACACUGAACAGCAGUCUUGAUGAAGUCCAGAGUGUGCUGAGGAGUUCAGGCUUCCUUCAGGUGGAAUCGAUCGGGCAGCUCGAGGGCCAGACUUUCUGCAAGGACCCCCACUGUCAGGAUGUGCUGGUGUUCCCCGCUCAGCUGAAAGCUCGGCUGUAUUCCACCGGGCUGCUUUGUGACCACAAACUCAUCAUCCAGGAUAAGUCGUGUAGCUUGGGCCCAAACGCAGUGAGCUCCGUGUUACCUGAUGAAGGAGAUGUUCUCAUGGUGGGCUGCUUUUCUGGCCUCACUGUUUCCCACACUGCCUCCCUGAUCGCUGACACACACGACGCUAACAGCAGCACCCAGCCCACGGUUUACGUCUGUGUCAGUGACGGUGCGGACGCUCACAGGGAGGAGCUACGGCAGGUUGUCUCCGCCAUGGGCUGCAAAAACGUGAAGCUGAUACCGGAGGUCUUCCAGUCUUUGGACGGUGCUGACAAGAGACUCCAGAGGGUCCGUGCCAUCCUGCUGACUCCCAGGUGUUCUGUGUCUGCAGUCAGCAACCCGGUCGACUACAUACUGCAGGAGAAUGGAGACACAGAUCUGCUGCAGGACCUGUCCCAGGGCUCCAUAGCCCAGAGCAAACUGGCAGCACUGGUAGCUCAGCAGAGGGAGGAUAUUGUCCAUGCACUGAAAUUCCCGAAGGUGCUGGCAGUGGUUUACUCCACCUGUUCUUCAUACCCGGAGGAAAACGAGGAGUUGGUGAGCAGAGCCCUUGAACAAACCAAGGCCCAUUCUGAGCAAGCAGGAGAAGCAAAACAAGCAGACUUCAGGCUCAGUCCGUCCCCGUUCAGCUCUCCCGACACUGCAGACGGUCCAGAGGAAACUGACUCCUUCUUCAUGCUGGAGCCCUCAGAACAGAGUAAUGGCUGCUUCCUGGCUCUUCUCACCAGAGAGCCCGAGCCUGUGGUCAAAGAGGCCCCGCAUGAAGUGCUGGCCAGGGCAAAUGCCAAAGGCCUUCUGGACAGGAUCGGCUCCGACCAGUCGAAUGGAAAAGAACGCCACGGGAGGACCGUCAGGAUGACGAAAGCGGUCCACGCUCGCACCUAUCAGCCCCACCUUCCCGUCAGUAUUCGGUCCACCAAAAACCAGCAAGAUCCCACAGGGCACGUCAGUACGGCAGUGUGCGGGCGGCAGUCGUCGCAAGGGAAACCCAAAGCGUUGAGCUUCAAAGCCUCAAAGAACACGACUUCCAGUUCCCUCUCUUCUUCCUCCUCCAAACAGGAGAGCUCCUGCUCUUCCUCCUCCAAACAGGAGAGCUCCUGCUCUUCCUCCUCCAAACAGGAGAGCUCCUGUUCUUCCUCCUCCAAACCAGAAAACAGCACGUUCACUAAAAGAGUCGCCGUUCCAUUCGACGCUGCGACUUCUCCCAGGACUCCGCGUCCCGCCCUUCAUCCUGCUACCCCGCUCGUCCGUCCUCGCAAGGCUCCUCAGGAGGUGCUGAAGCCCGUGGUGCUCGUUCUGCCACCUGUUCACUUCCCCAACUUCCAAACAGGAUUCAGCCCCAACUUCAGCUACAACAAGUGGAGGGCCCCCGUUCAGGCCGUGCCCUUCUCCCGCUCUGGCGGUGGCCUCCCUAAGAAUAUUGUGAAGAAAUCCCGACCUCUGUUGUGAGCUCGCAAAAAAACAACACAAAUGUGACGACGGUAGUAGUGUUAACCUUUGUGCCAAGUAAAGUCAGUCUCGUAUAUAUCUAA